UCUCUCCGUGUUUCUCCGUGUUUCUCGGUCUCUCUCCGUGUUUCUCCGUGUUUCUCGGUCUCUCUCCGUGUUUCUCCGUGUUUCUCGUCACAGCGGAAAAAGACGUGACUAUGCUGUUUCUGGACUCGGACUCGUCGUCUGCUGCUCUCUGACACAAACAUGCUCUGUGUGUUUGUGGUUGUGUGUCUGUCAUGGCCGCUGUGUUCAGCGCUCAGCUCACUUCCUGCUCCCAUCAUUACCUCCAUGGACUCUGUGGACCUCCACCACGUCCUCCGCUGGGAACCCGGGCCCCGGACGCCCAAAGGGACCAAGUACAAGGUCUUUUCGAGCCUGAACCACAGGGAAUGGAAACUUCUUGGAAAAACAUCAACGACAUCACUAAAGGUGGAGCUGGACGUAUACAGCUACAACCUCGCUGUGAUGGCUGUCUACAAACAAACCAACUCCACCCGUUCUAAAAACUACACUUUCAGCCCCCUGCAGGACAGUAGAAUCAGUCCUGCUCAGGUGUUGCUGUCUGGAUGUGGUAAUUGCCUCACAGUGAACGUCUCUCUGGCUGACCCGAUACUCUACAGUAGAUACGACCCAACCUUCAGAGUGAAAAGGAAGAAACCAGGGGGAGCAGAGUAUGUGUUUGACACCAGCAAGCGGAGCUUCACCAUCUCUAACCUGGAGAAGGGGGUGGAGUACUGUGUUCAGGUGGACACUAAAACACGACUGAAUAAAAACACGAAACCGUCCGCCUGGAACUGCAGCUUCACCAGCAUCCUGGAGUCUAGAAGUACAGUGCCUGUGUUUUUAGGUGCAGCUGCUGCUCUGGUGGUUGUGGUGGUUGCCAUGGUGACGAGUGUUGUGAUUGGUCUGAGAUAUUCUGGGUUUUUGUGUAAACUGAAGGCUAACAUGCCCCGAGCUCUGCAGCAGGCUCUGAGCGGAGGAUACACCCUGAGCCCAGAGACCACCGUCCCCGACCACGUGUCCAUCAGCUCAGAGAAACACACCAGGCUCCACAAUCCCCCCACACCACAGCCUGCAGCAGGGGGGGUCUACCCCAAUGAGGAGGAGGAGGAGGAGGAGGAGGAGGAAGAGGAGGAGAAAGAGUACAUGGACAGGGGAGCAGAGCUUCUCUCAAGUGAUAGGUCCUGCCCUCACUCUGCCUCUGGGAAUUCUGGGAGUUCUGCAGCAGUCCCAGAGCGUGAGGUGGGGGUCACAGAGGGGGGGCUCGAUCAAGACGAAGAUGAAGAAGAGGAGGUGUCUGUCCCUCCUGGGUGGAGUCAAACUGGACCACAGGGUCAUCAGACAGGAGAGGAGGAGAUAGAGGAGGAGGAGGUUUGUGACAGCUCAAGUGACAUCAACCUGUUCUCAGUAACACUCUCUGCAUUUUCUGCAUGUGAGGGGGAGCAGGAGGAGGAGGAGGAGGAGGAGGACGAAGAGGAGGAGGACAGAAGAGAUCUGUUGGAUGUUAGCCACACACACACCAACACAGCUGUGACAUACCUGACUGAGACUGACACACUGGGCUCCUGUGAGGAGGAGGAGGAAGAGGAGGCAUCCUCUGGAUAUAUGAGACACUCCUGAUGAUGUUUCCAAUCCUCUGUAUUUAAAUGUUUACAUGUAAAUAAGGAUUUUAUGUUUUUGAAUUUUUGCAUUUUAAAUAAAUGUUGACAUGUUUGACAUUAUUAAUACUCAAACAUCCUACAGUCUGAAGGUCAUUGAAGGCAGCAGAGAUCUUCGUCACAGUGACUACAGGAGCCGGUGAGGUCCAAAAGAGUAAAGGCAGGCUGAAUGUGUAAAUCACAGCUUCUGAUUGUUCUUAUUAAAUCUCAUGUUUCACUGUUGAA